AUGUAUCUUGUUCUAUUAUUUCCAUGCGACCCAAGUUAUCAGUACGACUUAACUGUAUUUGUGUGCGGAGGACCAUGUUAUUUAAAUGCUUUUGUUCAAAAUUUCUAUGAUACAAUUGUUGAUACAAUGUUACCACCUUGUGUUCUAUUGAUUUUUAAUCUAUUGAUGAUUGGUCAUGCUAUUAGACUGAAACGAAAAGUUGCACCAUCAACAUUGGUAUUGAAUACAUUGAAAAAAAAUCGUCGAAUGAUUUUACAAUUAUUAGCCAUAAGUUUAAUGGCUUUAAUAAAUUGGAUGCCUUGGGUUGUUAUAAUCUUAAUACAAGAUUUUUAUGAUCCAUCAUUUGGUGAACAGUUCAUUAACAAUGUUGUUUAUUAUCUGCCAUAUUUUACAAGUUUUGCAUCACCAUUUUUAGCGUUGAUUGGUCUGCCGGAGAUCCGUGAAGAGUUAAAGAAAAUAAUCGGACAAUCCACGACUGCUCGACACAUAGUUGCUUCAACCAGAACAUGA